AUGGGCAGUCCGGAUAUGGGUGGCCCAGGAUUUGGAGGUGGUGGAAAUCCGAAAGAUGGUAAUAAAGGCCUUGAUCCAUCAGGUCUCCUGGGAGGAAAUCUAAAAGGUGGUAAUCAAGGCUUCGAUCCAUCAAGUCUUUUAGGUAAUGGUGGUGGUGGUAAUCAAGGCUUCGAUCCAUCAAGUCUUUUAGGUAAUGGUGGUGGUGGUAAUCAAGGUUUUGAUCCCUCAAGUUUAUUAAGUGGUCAGAAUAAACAGCCAAAAUCCAGUUCUCCAAACAGUAAUGCGUCAAAAAGUCCUUCAGGAAAUGUUGUUCCGGGAAACCCAGUUCUAGGAAACACUGUUCCAUUAUCAAGUCAAGGCAAGGCUCCUACUUCUAAUUCUGUACCAUCAUCUGGAAGUCCAAAUGCCGCUCCAUCAAAAGGAUCAAAAUCACCGGAUAUUCGCAAAAUACCUUGGCAAGAAAAGGAAAAGGCAUGCAUUUUG